ACAGUCCUGAGUUUUUCUCCGAGGGUUAACCAUUCUCCCAAAAACGACCUCAGAGUGGAUAGAUUGAACGUAGGAUUGGACCGAUAUUAUAGAUACGGGAUUGGACAUUCGCAUUGGGCCAAGAUUGGACGAAUCACAUCGUUUUCCGCGUUUGAAGUCAGUGUGAGAGGUGAUUGGUCAGUGUUGAAAGAUGCCGGAAGUAUCCCAGGACGUUUUCGAGACAUCGAACCCCCUCGAGCCGCUUCUCACCCCCGAGAUUAUGCGCGCUAGGGCGAACACCCUCACCGCUGAGGAUCCGUUCGCGGGGCGCAAAAGGGAGAAGUCCGAGGGGGAUGCGGAGGAUUUCGUGAUCAGCGGGAUGCAGGCUAAUAGUGUGGCGGGGUUCAAGAGGCGAAUAGAUCACAGAAUAUUCGUCAAUAGGAGUUUGCAUCUGGAGAACAUCAAGUUCUAUGGCUUCGAUAUGGACUAUACAUUAGCAGAGUAUAAGUCACCUGAAUAUGAAAUACUUGGUUUCGACUUGGUGAAACAGCAUAUGGUGUCCAUAGGAUAUCCUCAAGAAAUUUUGGAAUUCGAAUAUGACCCAACUUUCGCAGUGAGGGGCCUAUGGUUUGACACAUUUUAUGGUAAUUUAUUGAAAGUGGAUGCCUAUGGAAAUAUUUUAGUAUGCGUCCAUGGUUUCGAAUUUAUAAAGCAUUCGAGAGUGUAUGAACUGUAUCCCAACAAAUUUUUGACGCUGGACGAAUCUCGAGUAUACGUUCUGAAUACCCUUUUCAACUUGCCAGAAUCCUACCUGUUGGCGUGUUUGGUGGAUUUUUUCACGAAUUCCAAAGACUAUACGAUAACCGAUACAGGAGUCAAAUGCGGUGAACUUCUCAUGUCAUACAAAUCCAUAUUUCAAGAUGUCAGAAAUGCAGUGGAUUAUGUCCAUUUGCAAGGUGACCUGAAAAAUCGUACAAUUGAGAAUUUGGAGAAGUACGUGAAAAAAGACGAACGUCUUCCAAUGUUUUUGACUCGAUUGAGGGAGAGCGGUGCAAAAACGUUCCUUCUCACCAAUAGCGGCUACACUUUCUCAGACAAAAUAAUGACGUACCUGUUCGACUUUCCACAUGGAGCAAGACCAGAAGAUCCCCAUAGAAAUUGGAAAACCUAUUUUGACAUCGUUGUAGUGGACGCUAGGAAACCUCUAUUUUUCGGUGAAGGUACGAUCCUGCGCCAAGUGGACACGACGACAGGCGGCCUACGCGUCGGCGUGCAUACGGGCCCCCUCCAAUCCGAUCACGUGUACUCGGGCGGGUCGUGCGACGUCUUCACCAAGUUCAUCGGCGCCAAGGGCAAGGACGUCCUGUAUGUGGGCGACCACAUCUUCGGGGACAUCCUCAAGAGCAAGAAGAUCCGGGGGUGGCGCACCUUUUUAAUCGUGCCGGAGUUGGUGAGGGAGUUGCACGUGUGGACGGACAAGUGUCAGCUGUUCGAGGAGUUGCAAGGGCUAGACGUCAAGUUGGGGGAGAUGUACAAAAAUUUAGACAGUAGCACGAAAGAAAAGCCGGACAUAUCGAAAUUGAGGGCCGCCAUCAGAGAUGUAACACACAAAAUGGACAUGUCCUAUGGUAUGUUGGGAAGUCUCUUCAGGUCCGGAUCGAGACAAACCUUCUUCGCUUCUCAGGUUGUGAGGUAUGCGGAUUUAUACGCAGCAACGCACUUGAAUCUCUUGUACUAUCCGUUUUCGUACAUGUUCAGAGCACCUGCGAUGUUAUUGCCGCACGAGUCGACUGUCGCACACGAACAACAUUUCGCCACUGAAAACGCCAACAACAUGAUUCUAGCAAACGAAGUUGACAGUAGGGAGAAAAAGUUUCUGGAAAGGGCUCAAAGCCAAAUCCCGCACGUGAGACCGGCAACGCCGCAAACGGUGACGCACACCCACGACGAAGACUUUUCUGAUGACGACAGCGACGAUAAGCAGGCGAAAUUGGCCGGGAGUAACGAAGAUGUCGCCGUUCGAAUAGUGUCUUAGGGUAGUUCGUCGUAAGCCCUCGGAAAAAACCACACUCGAGUGAAAAAAUUAAACUCGUGAUUUUUAGGGUGUCAGUAACUUUCAAGUUAUGGGUUAUUGUGGGAAAAUGGUAUACAGACAUUACCUGUCAAUACACUUUUUCAAUUGAAGUAUGAACUGUAUACUAUUUUUUUUUUCAAUAAGUGUGGUUAGAGAUGGGUUUAUGAUUAUUUUUCAAGCAAUAUCGAAUCUUGAAUCUGAAAAUCGUUUGUUCAUUUUGAAUAAAAACAAAUUUAAGAUUCAAAGUUGAUAGUAAUUAUUAUUAUUAUUAUGGAUAGCACAAUGGAACUAUUCGGAUGGAGCAGAAAUUAUUGUAGCUGUUAGGUAACAUAUUGCUCACGAGAUUUUGAUGAUGUUUGUGAUGUUUUUUAAAAAUAUUCGAUAUUUUAUAUGUUAUUACUAAUUCGGUAGUGCUCUUUUUGUUAUUUUAUAAAAGUUUAUUUAUUUGUUCAAUAAAUGACCAAAAAAGGUUGUAAUAUAUUUGUUGAUACAAUC